AGUCUGGGUCACCUCAAGCUACAGUCUGUCUGUUUUCUGUUCUCAGGAAAGAGCAUGGCCCCAGCCAAUAAAACUCCAGCUACGAGUCGGUCUAGACUCUGUUCUUCUAGCUCAUAUCGCCUCGUCUAACAACGAUGUCCGUGGGCUUUAACGGUCCAAUUCCCGACUGAGAGAGAAACUGCAACCCGAUCCAAUGGAGGCCAAAGCCAAGAAGGGGAAGGGGAUGUUCGGGCUGAAAGUGAAGAAGAAGAAGAAGACAGUCACCACAUCUGAUCUCGUCUUGGCCAAUAAAGCAGCUCUAGAUGGUACAGAGCCAGAGGGUAAUGCUGAGGUCACUGGUCUGUUAGAAGGACAGUACCCCGACGAUGGUCAGCCUGGCCCUUCGGGAACCAUACCUGUCAGACAGCUACCCCAGACCAAGAGGUCUAAACUAAGACCAAAGAUUCUGGACAGUGAGAAAAAGCCAGAGAGUUUCCAGAUUGCCAUCAACAUCACCGAGGCCAAACAGCUGGUGGGGGAGAAUAUUGACCCUAGUGUAAUCAUGGAGAUCGGAGACGAGAAGAAACAGACCACUGUCAAAGAGGGCACCAACGCCCCUUUCAUCAAUGAGUACUUUGUGUUUGAUUAUUACGGUCAUCAAGAGAGCUUUUUUGACAAAGUCAUCAAACUAUCAGUGAUGCAUACCAAGAUCAUGAAAGGCUUCUGUGUGGGCUCCUUCAAGAUGGAUGUGGGAACGGUCUAUAGACAACCUGGUCACCAGUUCACCAAUAAGUGGGCGGUGCUGACGGACCCGGCAGACAUCAGGACCGGGGUCAAAGGUUACCUGAAGUGCGACAUCAGUGUGAUGGGGAAGGGAGACGCCAUACAGCCCUCUCAGAAGACCAGCGAUGCUGAGGAGCAGAUAGACAAGAACUUGUUGGUUCCCGAGGGGUUCCCUUCGGAGCGUCCCUGGGCCAGGUUCUAUGUGAAGGUGUACAGAGCGGAGGGUCUGCCUCGUAACAACUCCUCCAUCAUGGCUAACGUCACCAAGGCCUUCAUAGGGGACAACACAGCCCUCAUAGACCCAUACGUGGUGGUGUCCUUCUUCAAACAGAUGGGCAGAACGGCCACCCAGAAAAGUACAGCAGACCCUGAGUGGAACGAGCAGAUAAUAUUUACUGAGAUGUUCCCUCCUCUGUGUCAGCGGCUGAAGAUCCAGGUUUGGGACGAGGGCAGUAUGAACGACGUAGCCAUAGGAACACACUACAUCGACCUGCGGAGGAUCUCCAACAAACAGGACGGGGACAAAGGCUUCCUCCCUACGUUCGGACCGGCCUGGGUCAACAUCUACGGUUCGGCCCGUAACUUCUCUAUGGUGGAUGACAACCCCGAACUGAACGAGGGGGUCAGGGAAGGGGUGUCGUGGAGGGGCAGGGUGUACCUGGAACUAUCUGUAGAGAUACUGUCAGGGGGGGGAGGGGGGGGAGAGUCCAAGCUGUCCCGGUUAGUCAAACCUCUGAAGGACACCAAGGCAGGUAAAGCAACAGGAAAGGACCCUAAGGGGGCAGGAGGAGCAGGAGGAGGAGCAGGGGAGGAGGAGAAAGCCAAGGCCAUCGGGGCGGAGGUGAUGCCGGUGGAGGCUCCACCUCAGCUCAUUGACAAGGACAACUAUUUGCUGUUUGGAACGGUAUUCGAGGCCACGAUGAUCGACAGAAAGAUCGGAGACAAACCCAUUAGCUUUGAGUUGUCUGUUGGUAACUUUGGGAACGUCCAGGAGGGCUCUCCCCAGGUCAGCGGUAGGAGGAAGGUGGAGAAGCCAGUAGCAGAGAGGGUAUGGGAUGGUCAAGAUCUCGACAGUACCCCCCUGAUUGACUCCCAGGACCCCAAACCUGGGCUCUGGCAGUCUCCAUGCCAGUCCACCACACCCCCAGAGAAACCCCUCACUGAUGGAAACAGGCAUUACAUGUACCUGCCCAUCCAACAUCAGAAGCCUUGUGUCCAUGUGAUGAGCUGCUGGGAGGAUCGGACGUACCGUCUUCACAGCUCUAACUUUCUGGAGAACAUCGCUGUCAUGUUUGAAGAAGGCGUGGCCAAGACAGAUGAACUGAACAAGUUGUCAGAUCCAGGAACAGAAGCUCUCAUGCUCCGAGUCUUUAAGGAGUUUAUCAUGGACGCCAGGAGAUUCAUAGCCUUUGCAGAAGGGAAAGUGAGAAUGAACCAUCUGACCGUGUUGGAUAAGAAACGCCUGACCAUGUGUAAACAGGAGCUGGAGCGUAUGGUCGGAAAGGCAGAAACCAUCUCAGAGGGGAAGAGGAAGGUUCGCAGUGUGAAGGAGAUGUUGCAGGAGGCUCUAAAACUCACACAGAAACUGAGAUUCCUCGUGGAAGAGCCCCAGCAUACCAUCCCAGAUGUGUUUGUGUGGAUGCUGAGUAACAACAAGCGUGUGGCUUAUGGCCGCAUCUCUGCCCGUGACCUGAUCUACUCUGCCAGCCCUGAGGAGAGAGGCAAAGAGUGUGGCAAGAUCCAGACUUUAUUCUUGAAGCCCCCAGGGAAGCGUGUAGCAGGCUGGUCAGUUCAGGCCAAACUGGACGUGUACCUGUGGCUGGGCAGCUGCAGAGACUCCUCUCAUGUGCUGGAUAACCUGCCUGGAGGGUUUGAGCCCAAAGGGGGCGCCACUGAGGAGCAGCUUCUACCUGCUAUCCUACCUGUACAUCUGGCAUAUAGAGACGAGCACAAGUUUCAGAUGCGCGCCCACAUGUACCAGGCUCGAGGGCUGAUAGCAGCAGACUCUACAGGACUCUCAGACCCCUUCGCCAGGGUCACCUUCCUGACACAUAGCCACACCACGGCCAUCAUCAACCAGACGUUAACCCCGACCUGGAACCAGAUGCUGUUGAUGACCCGGGUCACGCUGCAUGGAGACCUAGCUCACCUGGAGCAGGAGCCACCGUGCAUCGUCAUCGAGGUGUAUGAUGACGAUGCUCUGGGCAAGGCAGAGUACCUGGGCAGCACGGUGGCAGUGCCCGUGGUGAGGGUGUCAGAGCAGCCCUACUCUCCUCCCCAGCUCCAGUACAGUCCUCUGUUUUCUGGAUUCCAGUCUGGGGGAGAACUGCUGGGGGCCUUUGAGCUCAUACAGAUCCCAGAGUCAGGAGAAGAGUAUCUGCCUGCGCUGGACGAACCAGACGGUCAGAUCUACCCUGUACCUGGCAACAUUAGACCUGUACUGAGCAGGUAUCGAUUAGAGGUGUUGUUCUGGGGCCUGAGGGAGCUGAAGAAGGUGCAGCUCCUGUCUGUGGACCGUCCCCAGGUGUUUAUCGAGUGUGCUGGGAAAAGCCUGCGCUCCUCUGUUAUCCAGAGCUACAAGACCAACCCAAACUUCACCACGCUGGCGGACGCCUUCGACCUGGAGCUGCCUGAGAAUGAGAACCUUCACCCUCCCCUGAACAUCAGUGUGGUAGACUGGAGAGCAUUCGGACGCUCCACCGUGGUGGGAAACUACACCAUCAACAACCUGAAGCCCUUCAAAUACACCCCUCCUCCAGCGCUGUCCGCACCAACCUCACCACGGGGACCUGACAGCAGAGAGGAUUUAGGUAUGAUGCCCCAGUCUAAUGUAGACAAUGUAAUCCCUUUGUCAUCUGAGGAUGUCUCAAUCAACAUCUACCAGGAGAUCUCUCCUACACCCCCACCACCACCUCCACCCGAACCAGACAAGAAGGAAAAGGAAUGGAGGAAGAGCUCUCGGAAGUCUACUAAGAGAAGGAAGCGUACCGUAGCAGAUGAGUCUGGGGAUAACGUCCUCGACUGGUGGUCCAAGUACUACGCCUCGGUAGACAAGAGACAGCAGGCCAAGCAGAAGGAGGUACAUCCCUUUCCAUACAUCUAUGAUAAUGUAUUUCCAUUCCAAACUUUGCUCACCGAUGGAGUAGACUCCUUGGUCACUGCACAGCAGGAUGGAGACAAGAAAAAUAAACCAAUAUUGAAUGUCUCUCAGGAAGGUGUGUCCAAACUGGCAACUCUACAGCUCUAUGACAAGGAGUUGGAGUCUGAGUUUGGUCCGUUUGAUGACUGGGUCAACACCUUCGAGCUGUUCAGAGGGAAAGCCAAUGACGAGGUGGGGCGUUCUAAUGAGGAGAGGUUCGUUGGGAAGUUCAAGGGUCGUUUCUGCUUGUACAAGCUAACUGAGGAGGAUGAUGAGUGGGAGGAGAGUCCAAACUCAGGCCAGUUUAAGAUCACCCGAGGGAUCCCGCCCAACACCUCCGUCAAGGUUCUCAUUAGGGUUUACAUCGUAUCGGCAUCCAACCUCCACCCAGCCGAUACUGAUGGGAAGUCUGACCCCUACAUUGUUCUGAGGCUGGGGAAAACUGAGAUAAAAGACAGAGACAACUACAUCCCCAAGCAACUCAACCCAGUCUUUGGCAGGUCCUUUGAGAUCCAGGCUACGUUUCCUAAAGAUUCCCUGCUGACUACUCUGAUCUAUGACCACGACACCAUCGGGACUGACGAUCUGAUCGGGGAGACGUGCAUCGAUCUGGAGAACCGCUUCUACAGCCGACACCGGGCCACCUGCGGCCUACCCACUGAGUACAGCAUUGACGGUUAUAACGCCUGGAGAGACUCCACCAAGCCAUCUGAGCUGUUGACUACGCUCUGUAAGGAGAACAGGCUAGAUGGACCCUACUUCAGGCCUGGAAAAAUCACCAUCGGGGGCAAUGUCUUCGCUGGGAAAACACUGUUUAUGGAUGAAGAGCAGACGGUGGAAUCCUACGAACAUCUGGCUCUGAAGAUCCUUCACAGAUGGACUGAGAUUCCAGGGGUGGGGUGUAGACUUGUCCCAGAGCACAUCGAGACACGGACUCUGUACAACAAGGCCAGGCCUGGCAUGGACCAGGGCCAGCUCCAGAUGUGGGUGGACAUGUUCCCGAUGGAUAUGCCCCACCCACGACCCUCUGUAGACAUCUCCCCUCGUAAACCUAAAGGGUUUGAGUUGAGAAUCAUCAUCUGGAACACUGAAGAUGUGAUUCUGGAGGACACUAACAUCCUCACAGGAACACAGUCUAGUGACAUCUACGUCAAAGGGUGGCUUAAGGGCUUUGAGGACGAUCGCCAGGAGACUGAUGUUCACUACAACUCUCUGACUGGGGAGGGUAACUUCAACUGGCGCCUGGUGUUCCCCUUUAACUACCUGCCUGCCGAGAAGGUGGUGGUAGUCAGUAAGAGGGGCAGCAUCUUCUCCCUGGACAAGACAGAGCAGAAGCUGCCGGCCAUGUUGGUGAUGCAGGUCUGGGACUUUGACAGGCUGUCGUCUGAUGAUUUCUUGGGUACAGUAGAGCUGGACUUACAUGGGUUUCCUCGCGGGGCCAAGUCAGCCAAGGCCUGCAAGAUGGACAUGCUGAUGGACAGCGUAGAGACGAUCUCCAUCUUUCAACAGAAGAGGUCCAGGGGCUGGUGGCCCUUUGUCAAGGCCGGGGAACUCACGGGGAAAGUAGAGGCGGAGUUCCACCUGGUGACAUCAGAGGAGGCAGAGAAGAAUCCGGUUGGUCGAGCCCGCAAGGAGCCUGAACCCCUGGAAAAACCCAACCGGCCAGACACGUCAUUCUCGUGGUUUGUGAACCCUUUUAAGUGCUUCUUCCACCUGAUCUGGAGGAACUAUAAGAAGUACAUCAUCAUCGCUCUGGUCCUGCUCAUCACAGCUCUGUUCAUCGCCCUGCUGCUCUACACCCUGCCAGCAGCCAUCUCACAGAAGAUAGUCAAUGGUUAACACACUGCACUACCACAGCUGACUGACUAGCUGGC